AUGGGUAGCAAUUCUAUUGAAGAACGUUUAAAAGCGAAUUCAGAUGCCUUUUCAGGGUUAUUGGCUUUAAUACCUGCUAAAUAUUAUUAUGAUGAAAGCACUCAGGAUCAAUGGAAGGCUAAAAAGAAGUCCAAGCAACAAUUGAAAGAAGAUAAAUUGAACAAACUGGAUCCAGAUAACAUUAAUGGGGAAUCAAAAGAAAAUCAUGGUUCUGCUGCACUUGAUGUAAUGAAGAAAAUUGAAUCGACUGCUAAUCCAGUGGUAUUACCUGGUGAAAAAUUUAAGCAUUUGCAAAAAAAGAAUAAACCACAACAAAAAGAUGAUAUAAUAGAUGUUAAAACGGUUGUUGCUUCUAAAGAAGAUGAUGGUGAUAUAUUUGAAGAAGAAGAAGAGGAGCUAAAUAUUAUGUUUGACGAUGAAGGUAAUGAGGUAGUUACAGAUUCUGGUUUGCAAGAUUCUGAAGCACAAGAAGAUACCAUUAAAAAUGAUGGUAAAAGUUCUGAUAAUGAUACUUCAAAUAAAAAGAAGAAAACUCUUUCUGAAGAAGAAAAAAUUCAAAAGCAAAAAAACAUGGAAGCUUUACGUUCGAAGCUGCAAUCAAAGAUUCAAUCGUUGAAAGAGAAAAGAAAGGCCCCUGGUUCCAAAGUAAAUGGUGCUCCUUCAUCAAGAGAAGCUAUUCUAUUACAAAGGAAGAGAAAGCAAGAAUUAAAAAAAGAAAUACAACAACAGCAGCAACAACAACAACAGAAUACUCAAUCUGAUUCUGAAUCAGAUAAUGAUUCUGAAGACGAUUUUGAAAAUAAUGAAGAUUUUGUGAAGAAUAAGAAACAAAAGUUAAAUAACAGUAAUAAAAAGGAAAAUAAAUAUAAUAUCAAUACAGACGAUUUAAUGUUCCAAAAUAUCAUGUUUGAUGACGGUGAUAAAGCGACAUCAGAUUUGCAACGUAUUAGAAAAUCGACUUUUUCAACAAAUACUAAAAAAUCAGGUCCAUCUAAAAAUGACAUUAAAGCUCACUUAAAAUUAUUAGAAUCCAAGAAAUCAAAAGUGGAAAAUAAUGAUGAAUUAACCCAAAUAAAAAUCAAAGAGAAGGAAAAAUGGCAAAGAGCUAUGCUUCAAGCUGAAGGCCAUAAAUUAAAAGACGAUGAAAAAUUAUUGAAAAAAGCUUUAAAAAGAAAAGAAGCAAAAAAGAGGAAAUCUGCUGUUGAAUGGAAGGAAAGAAAACAAUUAGUUGAAACUAAUAAAAACGAAAGGGCAAAGAGAAGAGAAGAGAACUUACAAAUAAGAAAGGAUAACAAGGGAAAGAAGAGAUCUCAAAGAACAAGGAUGAAACCUAAGUUCAAAGCUCAGACUCUACCCACUAAAAAGAGGGCAGGGUUUGAAGGCCGUAUUAAAUCAGGUUCAAAAUCAGGUUCUAAAUCUGCUUCAAAGAGAAGGUGA